AUGGCUGAAACGACCCAUAGGUGGUGCAUAUGGCACAUCCUGCAGAAAUUUGGUAAGUAUGUGAAGGGUGAUGAUGAUUACGAAGUUUUAAAGGGUGACUUUGAUAGCCUCAUAUACGGUAGUUUAGAUGCUGAUGAAUUUGAAGCUCGAUGGUGUGAUGCAAUUCAGCAUUAUGAGCUACAAGACAAUGCUUGGCUAGGGGUUAGGGCCGAGGCCGAAAGAAUGGCAGACUCGAACACACAACGGUAUGUGAGGCAUUUAGUGACUGACAUCCCAGCGGAGGUGUUGUUUCAAAAAUGUUAUACGGAUGCAAAAUUCAAAGAAGUGCAGGGACAGUGCAAGAAGAUGUUGUAUGUUCGUCCCCUAGAUCAGUAUGAAAUUGGUAUUAAUCUAAUUGAGUUUAUUAUCGAAGACCGUGUUUGGAUCAAGCCUAAAAAUGCGAUGAAGGAUGAAGUGACAAAGAUUCGUAGAUGCUACCGGGUUGUAUAUGAUAGUAGUACGUAUGAAGUUGCAUGUGACUGUAAACACUUUGAGUGUCAUGGGAUCAUUUGUCGACAUAUGAUUCUUGUGUAUGACCUUAAUGGAGUAACUGUUGUUCCUGAGAAGUAUGUACUCCGUCGUUGGAGGAAGGACGUACAACGGAAACACACACGAGUAAAAGUUGCUUACCAUGAUCCAUUGACUAGUGAUGAAGUGAGGAAUUAUCACAAUCUUAUGGGGACGUAUGAACCUAUUUGCUCUAAGGCUUCCAUUUGUAAGGAGGCAGUGCAGGCUGUCAAAGAGAUGUUGCAGCUCAUGGAUCUGAGAGUGGAUGAAGUUCUAGCAAUGGUUGCGAAAAGGCAGCUUGCAGGAGGGAAUGAGAAUGGUCCUGGUGAGGAUGAAGGUGUACAUGGAGUUUCCCGAACACCGUCUUCUGUGGCACAGAACAAGGGGCUUGAGGGGACAAACACACCAAUGACAGUGGCAUCAAGAAUUCGUAAUAACAACACUACUCCAGUUAGUGGAUUCCAAGGAAGCUACGAAGGAUCUGCCCCAGGUAGGAUUAAGGAUCCACCCUUACCCAAGAAGAAAGCACAUCGCACUACAAGUGUUAGAUACCCGUCCUGCACAGAGAAGAAAGGAAAAGAAAGGGCUGCUAAUAAGGCAAAAAAUGAUGCUCGGAAGAAAGCUAGUCAGGCCCCAACCAGCAUAUCAUUAGGAACCAGUGAGUAUAUUCGAUCUGUUGGGGGAAUACAAAUGAGGGAUUUGGAUGGGUCGUUAGGAUACUUUACUACGGUUAGGGGAGGACACUCUGGUGGAGUGUUUGCUUCUCUCCUUGGCCUCACUCUUGGCACAUCUGGAUCCAUUCACAAUUAA